AUGUAUGGCACAGACCAUACAGGGGGCAGUGAGGGGGGUGGCAUCGCAGUGCCGGAGUCCCUGGCCAGGCGGCGCUGCCUGUACUCACGGGAGCUGGGCGCAGGCUCGCUGAACCGCCUGCUGCUGCUGCACGCCGUCAUGUCCAGCUCCCUGCGGGAUGGCUCUGUUCUGAACACAUCCCCCCCGCCGCCGGAGGAGGCCAGCCGAGACCAGCUGGACGACAGGAAGGACCUCCCAUGGGGCGCCCAGUUCGAGCUGCCACCCAUGCUGCUGGAGACAGACAGUGGCUACAGGUCGUCACAAGGCACACCAUCAAAAACGCUGGGAAAGCAAGAUUCCCUUCUGCCCCCGCCGUCCCUCCGCAUCCUGCUAACCCCUCCAUCUCACGAGCAGUCGAGCUCCCUAAGUGUGAAGAAUUUGGUCUCCAAGCUGUGCUCCCCCACUGGCCGGGACCUGGGCGCCUCGCUGGUGGCAGCGGAGGCUGGUGGCCUGGCCCUGAGCGCUCAGGCCCUCAAGGAGAUGGCCGUGAGCACCAAGAGCAUUGCCCUCAUCGCGGCCACCCGGCGCUCCAAAGCACAGGACCGCGAGGGUGGCGGUGGCCGCUCCUCCAUCCGCCUUCUGGAGGAGAUGGCCCUGGAUUCCAGGGACCCGAAGGCCAGCGUCACCCCAGACCCAAGCCCAGCAGACAGGAGGUGGCCCCUCGCCAGCCCGGGCAGGGACUGUUCUACGGAGAGGAAGGCCAGGAGGAAGCGGUCACCCUCCCUCACCUGGAGCAUGCCGACGGCAGCAGAGCAUGGGGCUGAGAGCCAGCCAUCCCCAGCAGUCCUGCAGCUCACCAAGUCAUCUGGAAAGAGCUUCUUCCCUCCCGUCCCCGCGGCCUCCAAGAUAAAACCCAGCCUCAGUUCCCACACAGAUGAGAAGAUGCUCCAGAUGCCCGAGGUCAGCUUCACCUUCCCCAGCGCCACGUGGCAGAGCAGCCCGGGCCCAAGCAGGGCCCCACUCCUGCCCCGGGACAUCCGAGGGUCUACAGAUAGUGGAGGCCGACACCACAGCCCACUGCCUCCCAGCACGCCCCACAAGCCCCGGGGCAGCGCCAAGCGGCCGAGAAGGCCACAGUGAGGAUGUCAGCCAGAAGGCCAGGCAUGCGAGGGAAGGCCAGAGAGGCCAGCCCCAGGCACAGGGCUCUCUCUGCCCUGGAGUUGGGUUCAAGAGAUGGAGCCCUGGCAAGGACACUUCAGGGGGCAGCCAGCCAGCUUCCCACUGCUCUCUGUGCUGGCGGCUGCCUCACCAACCGUGUCAGAGGGAAGGCCGUUGAUGGAACAUCAGAGCCCUUCUGAAGGACAUCUCAGGAGGAGCCUCAGGCCUCAUCUGGGUCAUUCCCAUUUGUGAGUGAUCUUCCCAGGAUCACUCCACCCCAUAGUCUCUGCUCUGGGAGAAUGGUUUCCCUCUCCACCUGAUUAGGUGAGACCCACCCACACUGCAGCAGGUCCUCUGCUGAACCCGACAUCUCCUUACUGAUGUAUUUAUUUUUUAAAGAUUUUAUUUAUUUGUUCAUGAGAGACACAGAGAGAGGCAGAGACACAGGCAGAGGGAGAAGCAGGGAGCCCGAUGCAGGACUUGAUCCCAGGACCCUGGGAUCACAACCUGGGCCAAAGGCAGAUGCUCAACCAUUGAGCCACCAAGGCGCCUCUCCUUACUGAUUUAAAUGUUAAUCUCAUCUGAAGAACACCUUCACAGCACCACUGACCGCUGAUGUUUGAUGAAACGCCUGGGUAUCAUGGCCUGGCCAUGUUGAUGUUUCAAAUUCACCCUCAUGCCCCAUGGGCCUUGGCCAGCAGAGUGACACCAUCCUGUCCCCAUGUUCACAUAGGCUCUGGGGGAAGCCUGCAUUGGGGAAGCAUGAGAACACUCCCCAUUCUCGUGACCCAUCCAUCCUGUCACUGUGUUGUAACGUCCGUCCCCACACACCACGGCAUGGAGGACAUUGAAGCAGAAUCGUCAAGGAGCAUGAAGCCAGCCGUGUAAUCUGGGAACCCAGAAAUCGAGAUCCUAACUUUUUGUCAAGACAGGAAAGUCCGGGAAACUCUGAGCACCACUCGUGGAGGGCUGAAUCAUCGCCUUCUCCAGCUGUGCUUUCAGCGCUUGCUGUGGCUUUCAAACCACUGCCUACAUCUCGGACUCUCAGAGGCAUCCCCAUUUGGAGGUCAUGGGGACCAGAGCUACCUCCGAUGCAGCAUCCGGUGGAAUCUAUGGGUUUUAGGAAUCAGCUUGUUAGCACAUUAGGGCUGGAAGGUAGAGGCGUGUUGUUGUCUCACGGCCUGAGCAGUCAGCAGGUUGGCUUGGACCUGUGUAUGCCUGGCACAUGGCAGACACCCUAUAAGUGUGCAAACCGCACAGCUGGAUGCCAUGCCCUCUCAUCGUAGGACCUGCAGUCAAGGAGGAGCUGCUGGGCCUUCUGGAAGAGUGUGUGGAGGUGGGGAGGUCGGUCCCACUUAUCUUUGGGGGCUCUGCUGUCUGCUUGGUGCAGACCUGCCAGGGGCACCCUCUGAUGCUCACUUCCCCUUCCCUGGGGGAAAUGCUGAGCCUGGGGGGCAAGGAUGACUUCUGCUUUCCUGCCCUGGCCCCAGAUCCCGGGUAGGGCAAGAGUUACUGGUUGCCCCCUAUAUCUGCUCACUUUGUUCCAGGAUAAUAGAACCCCUCAUUUUUAGCUAGUCAAACAGCUCACAAAAUAAGGACUGUAUCUCCCAGCCUCCUUUGUGGCUGCAUAUUGCCAUGUAACCAAGUGACAGAUGGGAUACAAGCAACUGCUUCCAGGAAUCUUCACCACAAAGGAUAAUACGCAUUUUCCUCAUGCCUCUUUCCUUCUUCACUUCCUCAAUCAUACUGCCUGGAAUCUGGAUGUGAUGGCUGGAGCUCUAGCCACCGUUUUGAAGCCUUGAGGACAGAGGUCUUGAGGACAAAGGCCAUGCCUUCAGGAGGAUGGAGUGGGAAGUUGGAAGGAGCAGAGAUGCCUCUCAGCAUUGUUACACCCUACCCACAGAUGAGAACUUGAGAGGAAUAAAUGUGUAUCCGAGGCUCACCUUGUCUUAGCUGAUCAGGGAGGGGAAGCCCAGGCAGUUGGCAAGUUGUGGCCAGAGAAGUCCCUGGUAAUUUUGUGGAAUGACAUCAACAGAUUAGAAAUGACAGCAUGGUGGGACGUGGGGUCAUAUAGGGGCCCCAAGUUCUUCCUAGGCUGGUGUGAACAUACAGAAGGAACUCCUGGUCUUUCUGCACCCUGCCUUGAGCUGGGUGGAAAGGUGGGUCACAAAGAGAGCUGUAGACCGGGAGGCUAUGGACUGGCCCAGGCAUCUGAGAGAUGGCUGAGGAGGCACUUA